AACACAGCUGCAGAGCUAGCCGCAUAGCGUUUGUAAACAUGGUGUAGUAUCACAUCGAGUGUUGAGGGAAUACAUACAUUUCUAUACUGGCAUAAUAAGAUAACUCGUGGUCCUUGUUAUUGAUAUGCAGAAGAAAACGUUUUAAAUCAGACCUAUCGUGUAUAUUUCUGUGCUAGUGCAGACAUGCCGACCUCCCCGGUGAAGACACGGAUACCGCUGUCAAGUUUUGGCCAUCUUGUAACCGAAGUAAAGAGACAGCUCUUUGGGAUUGAUUCGCCAACCCUGAAGGAACUGACAGGAUGGAGGAAACAUUUUAACAGCUACACCUUACAAGGGCGCAGAAAUUUUGUUCUUGCCACAUAUGGCGUUCUUGCACUCACAGCUGCUGCCUUCAUGCUGAGACGCAGCAGGAAGAAGGAGCAUGAAACAGCAUCUGCCUCCUCAUAAACUGCAAAUGGAAAGUUUUGAGGGUUAAAAAUACAGUAAAUUAUUUAUGAUCGCUACAUGUGCGGACCAUGUUUAAUGAAGCUUAUGUUUCUACAUAUGCACCAGAUGUGCAUUUCUUUGUUAUGCACACUCUUUUAAUUUAUACAUAGAUUGGUUAGGCUUUAAUUUUGUGGCCCUAUUUUGACAUCCUGUUGACUAUUUAAAUUGGUAUCACUAAUUUGAUGGUCCCUUUAACGCAUUUUGAUGAAUUUUAGUUACAUUGCAUCUGCAUGCCAACUAAUUUUCAUUAGCUUUUAAGUAGACUGUUAGGUUGGGGUUGGGGUUAGUGUAAGUUGACAUGUACUUGCAAAGUUUCUUAUAGUCGGUUAAAUGUCUGUUGAAGGAGCAGUAUUAGUAUAUACAUUAAGCAGGCAGUCUACUAAUAAAUGAGAAUUAAUUGGCAUAUAGUUGCAAUGCUACUUCUAGUCAACAAAAUGUGCAAUAGGGACAAUCAAAAUAAAGUCUUACCAUAAAUUCAUGCAAUUUAAUUAGUAUGAAAAUAUAAGAUUUUAAAAAGGAACCCUUUAUCCUACCCCUCAUUGAGGGAUGAGCAAAUCAUACUAAAAUGUGCGAAUGAGAUUGUGCAAAUUCACUGUUAGCUAUUUUAUUGUAUUUUUGCUGCAACUUAUACUGGCAGCACUGUUGCCAGCAAGUUACGGCAACUGCCUCUUUAUUGUAACUUACCUGUAAAUGUGUUUUACAGUAGCAGGGCUCUACCGCAAUUACAUUUUACAGUAAAAUAGCCUAACUGCAACUUCUUUUUAUGGUCAAAUGUAAUUUUUAUGCAUUAAAAUUACACAUUUCUAUUUUACUCUUAUUUAUAUUUUACACUAGCAGACAAAACUUUUAUUUGUAGUAUUUGUAGUAUUUGCUAUUAAAUUUAAUAAAUUCAACAAGUGACAAGUUUUGUCUUAAACUACAGUACUUGAUUAUUUUGAUUACAGCAGAAUACAGCAAAUUCCUAAUAUGCAGUAAGUUACUGUAAAAGUUUUAAAAUGACCCACAAUGCAGUGCAUAUGGCAGUACUAAACUGUACUGAACUGGCUGUUUUUGCAGUAAAUAACUGUAAAAUUGCGGCAAAGUCUGGCCAGUAAAAUAUUCUGACAUAUGAAAACCUUGAAUAAAAAUGUCACGGUAUGACGGUA